AAAUUCAGCCUCAAUAUGACAAACACCGGAAGUAGUGUCAUCAGAAGAGGAGCCUGGUCAAUUUACUUCUGUAGCUUCUUCAUGCUAGAACCUGAUCACUUACCAUCUGCGGAAGGAUACGUUCUACCGCACUAUUUCUUGAAAAUUGAUCAUGUCCAAGGAUGUUUGUUCAGCUUGUCUCCAAUUAGGGGGUUCCCAGAUCUAAUCACAAACAAGUCGCAUUUUUCUGAAUUUUACGGCCAGGACUGGGCUGUAACUAGAACUGAUGUUCCACCAAAUUGGUACGUUGCGGCACCUUCUCUGAAACCAGUUAACAUUCAUUCAACAAGCUUAGGAAAGAAUUUUGUGACAAACUUCACUAAAGCACGCCAGUGGAAGAGGUACCGAGUAGAUCAGUAUAAUCCGUUUACGGCUCAAGACCGAUACAGAAGAUUUGAUUUUAGGGAUUUUGGGCAUUCUGUGAAGUUAAUUCUGCCAACACCUAAGAAGGUUGAACUACUUUCAAAUGACUUUUUGCCAGUUCGCAACAUGACUGUCAUCUGCAAUUCUCAGUUGCUGGAAGAGGCAAACUAUUUAGCAAACAAACUAAGACUGACAGUUGUAAUAAACAACGACACUAUUAUUUCACGUAGGAAUGCAAUAAAUCUCUUGAUGGAUCCGUCUAUUGGAAACAACAGUGAGGCCUACUAUUUAUUCGUUAACCAUGGAAAUAAAACAAUUAAUAUAAUUGGCCAAACGUCAUCUGGUGUAUACUACGGCAUCCAAUCGCUGCUCAGUUUAGUGGCAGGUGCGCCUGACAAAAUAAGUGUUCCGAACGUUCUGAUAGAAGAUGAGCCGCGAUAUGAGUUCAGAUGCAUGUUUAUAGACGUAGCACGCAACUUUCGGACAAAAGCAGAUAUUAUCCGAUUGAUGGAUGGAAUGGCUAUGUAUAAAUUGAACAAACUUCAUUUGCAUCUCGCUGACGAUGAGGGAUGGAGGUUAGAAAUACCCGGAUUAUCGGAGCUAACAGAGGUUGCUGGGAAAAGAUGUCACGAUCUUUCGGAGACUAAAUGUCUAAUUCCGCAGCUUGGGUCCGGAGGAGAUGAGUCAACAUCUGGUUCCGGUUUCUUUAAUGUUACAGACUACAGACAUCUGGUACUCGAAGCGAAAAAACGUCAUAUCGAGAUUAUACCGGAAAUUGACAUGCCUGGUCACGCUCGAGCAGCUAUCAAAGCCAUGGAGGCACGAUAUUUGAAAUACAAGGACAGUAACUUGACUAAAGCAAACCAGUACAGAUUGAUUGAUCCUAAUGAUACCAGUAUAUAUUCAUCUUUUCAGAUUUUCAAUGACAACGCAAUCAACCCUUGUAUUGAAUCUACAUAUUUAUUUAUUGAAAAAGUGGUAUUAGAAAUUUUGAAAAUGCACCCUGGAUUGAAAACUUUUCACUUUGGUGGUGACGAAGUAGGGAUGGGUGCAUGGGUAAAUUCAACAAAAUGUCAACAUAUGGCCAGACUUGAUUCUUAUUAUUCAGAUGCUAGGCGUUUGAAAAGAUAUUUUCUGUAUCGAGUUGCUGAAAUUACUAGCCGGUAUGGCCUCAACAUAGCGGGCUGGGAAGGAGGUUUAUUGGAAGAUAACAAAAUCCCAUUCAAUAGAAACGUUACGCCAAAUUCUGAAGCAUAUGCAGACGCUUAUUUAAAUGUUUGGGAAUGGGGUCAAGCCAAAAGGGCAUACGAGCUGGCUAACAGUGGCUAUAAGGUUAUUAUGGCUCAAGCAACGCAUUUGUACUUCGACCAACCAACAGAACCGGAUCCGGAAGAACCCGGAUUAUACUGGGCCACGCGAUUUACUGACGCAAUAAAGACAUUCCGAUUCCUGCCGGACAGACUGUACGAUAACAUCGACGUAAAACGCACAGGGGAGAAAAUUACACACCUCGAAGUGUGUGGUUAUAAAGACAUAAACUGUCCUCCUCUAGUAAAUAGAAGCAACAUAGUUGGAAUAAAGGGACAUGUCUGGGGCGAAAUGUUGUUGACAUCAGAACGAUUAGACUACAAAGCAUUUCCUCAGCUUUUGUCACUUGCUGAAAGAGCAUGGCACAAAGCAUCAUGGGAAGAUUUUGAUGAUCCCAAAAGGGAAGCGGCAUCAGCUUCCGAUUGGGAGGCGUUUGCCAACACAGUCGGAUAUAAGGAAUUAGAUCGUCUGCAUAGUCUAGGGAUAAAGUAUAGAAUAGGCCCACCAGGUGCCAUAAUGAAAAAUGGCGUCCUUCAUGUGAACAUGCAGUUCCCUGGACAUAUUGUUCAGUACAGCAAUAACCAGGGAGCCUCGUGGCUAGACGUACCGCCAGGAUGGAACGUAACAGAGGAAUCAUUGCUGCUUAGAUCAAUUACAAAAGAUGGAAAAAGAUUCAGCAGGGUGGUAAAAUUCUAUCCUGAUGAGCCUUUGCCGAUUGCUGAACAACAUUUAGUUGACUAUAUUGCCAAUGAAUUAACAAUAAGAUAUAAAGUCAUAAGUAAUACGAAUUUAUCUAAGAAGUAUACAACGGCCAUUUUUAUUAAAAACAAUGGAAGUAGACAUGUUUAUGCGGGGAACUGGGAAAUUCAUUUCUUUUCAUCUCAUCUGAUUCAACCGGAUGAAUAUCCUUACCCCGAGGGGUAUAUUUUAAGGGAUUGCAAGAUGAGUUUAUUUCAUGUUGGAGGAUCCCUUUUUAAAUUAAAACCGGACAGAGAGUUCAGCCUACCAGAGAGCAACACUCUAACCUGCAAUCUUGUUGUGCAAGGUUAUCAAGUGGCAAGAACGGAUUCUAUGCCAAAUUGGUUUGUUGCAGCUGAGGGUAUGCAACCAAAAGAUGUCGUGUCUACCGAAAACGAGGCUCUGGGUUUUGUUGACUCUUUUGUUAGACCCGAGCAAUAUCAUCGUUUUGAGGGUGACAUCUACUCGCCCUACACUCCACAGGAUAGAUACAACAUAAAUGACAACAUGACUAUAUCUGGAACGGAAGCUAAACAAGUAAUACCCACUCCAGUUCAUAUAAUUACUAAACAGAAUAACAGUAUUACAAUUGAUAAUACUUGGGUCUUUUAUCAUACCAAUAUAUUUGAAAAGGAGGCAAUCCUAAUUGCAAAUCUUUUCAAUUUAAGCAUGCAACACAGCAGACCCCAUCAUAAGUUUAUAAGCCUAAAGAUGGCAACCAAUAUGAACAUUAUGCACAAUUCAAACACGCGCGAUGAAGCAUAUGAGAUAGAUGUAUCAACGUCUAUAAUAAGAAUCUUAGCUCACACAAGUAAAGGUGCAUUUUACGCUUACAAAACCUUACAAAGCUUAAUUCAACCUGUAAAUGGUGUCAAUAAACUUCCGGUGGUGACAAUCAGAGAUCAGCCUCGAUUUCAAUAUCGUGGCGUGCACUUGGAUGUAGGUCGAAAUUUUCAACCAAAGGAGGAGAUAUUCAAGCUUUUAGAAGCCAUGGCCACAUACAAGUUGAAUAAGUUCCAUCUACAUUUAACAGACGACGAGGCUUGGAGACUUCAGAUUCCAGGGAUACCAGAAUUGACAGAGAUUGGUUCUGUACGAUGUCAUGAUUCUGGGGAGACUAACUGUUUACUUCCCCAACUAGGAUCAGGUUCCUCCAAAAACGGUUUUGGUUCUGGAUUUUACACAGUCAUUGAUUACAGAGAAAUCUUAACCUUUGGAAAUGAACGUCAUAUUGAAGUAAUACCUGAAAUAUCACUGCCCAUUCACUGUCGCGCAGCUAAAAAAUCAAUGGAGGCUCGAUUCUGGAAGUACACAAAAUAUGGAAAUAUGUCGGCUGCUUAUCAAUUCCUUUUGACGGAUUUUGGUGCCAAAACUAAAUAUUUAACUAUGCAAAUGUUUGCAGACAAUGCAAUAAAUGUUUGUAUGAAUUCAACAAUGGAAUUCAUACAAUACGUAAUUAAAGCCGUGAAAGAAAUGCAUCAAGGGGUGCAACCUCUUCAGAUGAUCCAUGUUGGAGGAGAUGGCAUGGCAGAUGUGUGGAAAGAUUCCCCAGAAUGUCAAGCGCUCCUUGCUAGACGUGGUGUAAGUAACGACAGAGAGCUCAGGAAAUACUUUGUGAAACAACUUGUGCAGAUCCUGCAUAAAGAAGGAUUAAGCACUGGUGCUUGGGAAGAAAUGUUUACAGAUAACGAUGAUCGCAUGAAUCUCACAGAUUUGCCAACCGAUAGAAAUGUGACAGCUUACAACUGGAAUAAUAUUUGGGAGUGGGGACAGGGCGAGAGUACCUACAAGAUGGCAAAUGCUGGGUAUAAGGUUGUGAUGGGACAUGCCACGCAUCUUUAUUUUGAUCAUACCCAAGAGCCCGAUCCAGAAGAACGAGGAGCAUCUUGGGCAUCACGAUUUAUAGACACUCGAAAGGUCUUUGGGUUUGUUCCUUCAAACAUCUAUUAUAAUGCGGAUAAAGAUGGAAAUGGACAUCUUCUCACACGUAACCAAAUAUGCCCAAGCAAUGGAACGUGUACAGACUUAAAAGAACCAAGCAACAUUAUUGGUGUGCAAGCCCAGGUGUGGACGGAAACCACGAGAACUAUACAGGAACUACAUGAAAUGAUUUUUCCCCGUAUUCUUGCUGUGGCAGAGCGGGCGUGGCAUCAGCCACAUUGGGAAGGGAUUCAAAACCAGGAUGGGCGGAACAAGAAGACAGAUCAGGAGUGGUCAUCAUUUGCCAAAGCCCUAGUUCAGAAGGAAUUGCUACGAUUGGAGAAAAUGGGAAUAAAAUAUAGAAUACCUGUUCCUGGAGCAAGAAUUGUGAACGAUGCCAUCAUAGUCAACACAGCACUGCCUGGGAUGACUGUAGAAUUCAGCGUGGACAAUAAACAAACAUGGUCAUUGUUAACAUCUAAUUUGAUAAUUGUGGGAAAAGAAACGAUAUAUCUGAGAACAAGAUCUGCCGAUGGUUCCCGGUACAGCAGGGUGGUCACAAUGAACUCUCAUAAUCCUAUGAAGAGAUAUUCCUACAAAGCGUCUUUCGAUUCAGUCUUUAAUGUGUUUCCAUGAAGAUG